AUGAUUGGCGAGGCCAAGGAGUUCGUGUCAACUGCCGGAUCAAGUGGCAUCCAAGGUGUUGCCAUCACCGGGCAGAGGCUGGAAGAAUCAAGGGCGUCAACCGCAGACUCUGCUGGACCUGAGGCUGCAGCACCAGCAAGUUGGACUCCAGUUGAGGAGAGCAAUUUCUUUGAAGAUCUCAAGACUGGGUUGGUGUUGUGCAAGGUUGUGGAGAGGCUUGUCCCGGGAGUCGACUUGACGACCAAAGGGAUUUACCAAAAGCCUCGAACACGCGCAACAUGUGUAGCCAACAUUGAUAAAGCUCUGUCAGUGGCGUGGCGGACGGGGGUGAACGCAACCAACAUGUGCUCUGCUGAGGACAUCUACGAUUGCAAAGUGACAGCAGCUACUCGAUGUGUUUCAGAAAUCUUUGAAGCGCUUCAAAUGAGGGUGCGUGAAGUACGAACCCGUUCACGUGAAAUGCUGGUCUCGAUGAAUGCGCGGCUCUCUCCGAUAGGAUGUGCCCUUUCGAAAGCCACUCUCACUGGCAAUUGCGAAGCACUGGUGGAUGACUUUGCAGACUGCACAAAGAUCAUGGCCCUUUUGGUAAGUGCUGGGAAAGCUUCGGUGGAGGACUUGUUGAGUCUCGCUCAUCGCGACCAGACUGGCCGCCUACAUGGUGCUGAGUUGGAUACCGUGCUGGAAGAAAAUGGCCGCAUCUUGAGUCAGGUGCUGGAAGCCAAUGGAUGUCCUAUCCUGCUGGCAGAGAAAGAGUUUGCCAGGCCACCAGCGCCAUCUCCUGAUACGCUACUUCUUCAACUACACUUCAUUUGGCGUGUAACCUUGGGAACACCUCCAUCGCCAAGCCCUGACCUUGCAGCUCUGGCUGGGGCCUUCAGCACACAGCUGUAG